UUCACUUCAGUUUUGUUUUUCCUUGGAAUUAUUAAGAACGCUCUAGAAUUUCUCUUCCCUCGCUAAAACGUUUCUCCCGCUCACCCUCAUUCGCCUCCACAGAACUUUGCUUCUUCGACUCACUAUCCAUGGCGAUGGCGUCUACGUUCGUCACAGUGCCAAAGCCCUUUAACGACUGGGCUAAUUCAUCUUCUGUAUCUUCCCGGCAACAAAUCACUGGUGGAUUCCGAAGAAGUUCGUUGAAAGUCAGCGCGGUUUCUAAAAAAUGGGAGCCUACGAAGGUUGUUCCUCAAGCUGAUAGAGUUCUCCUCCGUCUUGAGGAGCUUCCCGAGAAAUCAGCUGGUGGAGUUUUGCUUCCCAAAUCAGCCGUCAAAUUUGAGCGACACCUUGUAGGAGAGAUUCUAUCCAUUGGAUCAGAAGUUGGAGGAAGUGAUCUUGCACCUGGAAAGAAGGUUAUUUUAUCCGACAUAAAUGCUUAUGAGGUGGAUUUAGGCACAGAUGCUAAGCACUGCUUCUGCAAAGCUAGUGAUUUAUUAGCUGUGGUUGAGUAGAGAAGCUUCACAAACCCAACCUUCUCCAACCCUACAACGCAGAUGGAUGAACAUCAUCGAUUAUCCACUCAGAUCAGUUCUCUUUCCUCGUUAAUUUGUCUUAUUUCUGCAAUAUAUAUAUAUAUAUAUAUAUAUAUAUGAUUUUCAUUUUCAUUUUCAUUUUCAUUUUGAUUGAUCUUGUGACCCUAAACAUGAUAUAUAUAGUUAAAAUUAUUAUCAGGAAAAUCAAACCCUAAAAGCAUUCCGAAGAAAAACAAAAACUAAAUAGGUUCGUUUAGGUUUGGAUUAUGAAUUUAUGUCAUUUCGUAGCUAUAUAAGUUUAUUUUUGCUAAUCUCAUAGCUAUAUAAUUUGGGCCUCAUUUGAUAA